CAUUUUUUUAAAAAAAUCCUGAAAUUUAUUACAUAAUAUUUCUAGUACACCAUUCCUGUAUACAGUGCGAUUCAUCAGGAUCUUGAACUAAGACAAAUUCUCAAGUUAGAAUAAUUCUCUCUUACCAACCUCAGUGUCUGUCCUUCACUGUCUCCACACAACCAAAAGCUGGAAAACCUCCAUUGUAACCAACUUGAUUCAUUACUGUGAUCCAUGAUUAGCUGACUCUGUAACUCCUCCAUCUUCACCACCACAAUAUGCCACUCGUCAAGGCCCGUGUUAAGCGAUCAUCGGGAACUUCUUGUGCUUCAACCACCACCAAGGUUGUGUUCAUAGCUUUAUGUGUUUGCGCGGUAUACGUGAUAGUACCAAGGCACCUGUCCUCGGACACCAAAACUACUCAAAAUGUUGUCACCAAAAAUAGCUUGCGGAUUAAUCCAAAUCAAGAAGCUACUAGUUUACGUGACAAACCUGGUGAUCCUAAGGAGGUCGUGAGAAACAAUGAGGAUGAUAUUGGUAAAGAAGCAGCAGAUGUUAGCAAUGAUGACCGGAAGGAAGAUGUAUUGGAUCAGAGUUCUGACAAACAGGAUCGUUUGUCUGAUCAAGAAGAAAAUCUUAUGACCACUGCUGCUGACGAUACUGAGCGAUUAGAUACUAAAGAUCAGCUGACUGAAGAGAAUUUGAACCAGUUGUCUGCUCAAGGAGCGGAGGUAGAUAACUCUGAUCAAAAGGAGGACACUUCAAAUGAAAAUUCUGACAAGAAGGAACAGAUGACCGAGCACUUAAAAAACCAGGUGACUACUGCAGCUGCAGAGAUAGAUAAGAAAGAUCAGCUGACUGAAGAAAAUGUAAAACAAGCAGAUUCAGCUGUGGAAGAUAAUGUGGAGCGACUGCCAGGGAAGGUUUUCGAAGAAGAGCCGCAGAAAAUUAAUGAACAGGAGGCUUCCAUGACUCUUAACCAGGGAACUAAUCAGGAAAUUGCAACAAACACGGAUAACAAGAGUAAAUUCAUCCAGAAAUCUUUUGAAACUACGUCAGAUCGUAAUGAACAAACUAAAGAUGAACCAAGCAAUUCCAAGAAUGAUGAAAGCAAGGAUAGUGGAAAUAAUCAAAACACUUUGGAAGAUGAUGAUCGCCAAGUAAAGCAAGAUGGUGAGGUUAAGGAAACAGUAUCUGAGAACCGUGAAAAUCCAGAAGGCACCAAUAUUGAGAUAUCAGAAGAAGAAAAUGAACAGCGAAUGGAACAACAUCAGCGGCAGGAAGAACAACAAAAAGAUAGAAAUCAAAAGGAGGAUAAAGACUCGCAAAAUGAUGGGAACACCGCUGUUACUGAAGGGGUAACAAUCAAGGAUAAAUUGAAAAAUGACGAGGCAAAUACUGAUCCGACAGACUCAAGUGAUCGACAUAGCAGCAGUAAGGAAGCAGCUGAAAAAGACAAUCAACUCCGUCUAACCAAUGAGAAUAAUAUGGACGAUAAACAGCAAAAGUCGUCAAAUUUUCCACACGGGGAGAGCUCAGGUAUACCAGAGGAAUCAAAAGAGUCGAUGAAAACAUGGUCUACUCAAGCGGAUCACUCUGAUAACCACAAAGAAAGAAAAAAGGGCCCGUCAGAAGAUCAAGAUGCCAGCAUUAACGGGUUGUCAUGGACGCUUUGCAAUGUGACAGCAGGUGCAGACUACAUACCUUGUCUAGACAAUGAGAAAGCAAUAAGCAAAUUACAUCGAAAGCACUUUGAGCAUCGGGAAAGGCAUUGUCCAGAGGAAGCUCCAACCUGCUUGGUACCUCUCCCGCAGGGAUACAGAACACCUAUCGAGUGGCCUAUCAGCAGAGAAAAGAUAUGGUACCAUAAUGUGCCUCACACUAAGCUCGCAGAAGUGAAGGGACAUCAGAAUUGGGUGAAGGUAUCCGGAGAAGUGCUCACCUUUCCGGGAGGUGGGACACAGUUUAUACAUGGGGCCCUCCACUACAUUGAUUUUAUACAACAGGCUGUACCACAAAUCGCAUGGGGAAAACACACCAGAACAGUGUUGGAUGUUGGAUGCGGGGUUGCCAGUUUCGGGGGUUACCUUUUCGACAGAGAUGUUCUUGCUAUCUCUUUUGCACCAAAAGAUGAACACGAAGCUCAAGUUCAAUUUGCACUGGAAAGAGGCAUUCCUGCAAUCUCAGCCGUGAUGGGCUCUCAGAGGCUGCCAUUUCCAAGCAAUGUCUUCGACGUUAUUCACUGUGCACGUUGUAGAGUUCCCUGGCAUGUAGAAGGGGGCACUCUUCUUUUGGAACUAAACCGAAUGCUAAGACCCGGGGGUUAUUUUGUGUGGUCAGCAACUCCUGUGUACCAAAAUCUAGAAGAAGAUGUCCAGAUAUGGAAAGAAAUGUCUGCCUUAACAAUAUCUAUGUGUUGGAAGCUUGUCACCAUUAAGAAGGACAAAUUAAAUAUGGUUGGUGCUGCCAUUUAUCGCAAACCAGAAACAAAUGAAUGCUAUGAAGAAAGAAAACAAAAGCAACCUCCAAUGUGCGGAGAUGAUGAUGAUCCAAAUGCUGCUUGGUAUGUGCCAUUGCAGUCGUGCAUGCACCGUGUGCCAACAGAUGAGGCUAAAAGAGGUUCCCAGUGGCCUCAGGAGUGGCCUCAACGUCUACAGGUAUCUCCAUACUGGUUAAACCGAUCCCAGAUGGGGAUCUAUGGUAAACCCGCUGCAGAAGAUUUUGUAGCAGAUUAUGAACACUGGCAAAGUAUGGUGAGCAAGACGUACCUAAGUGGAUUGGGUAUCAGCUGGUCUAAUGUGAGAAACAUCAUGGACAUGAGAGCAGUUUAUGGAGGGUUUGCAGCGGCACUGAGGGACCUGAAAGUAUGGGUUCUAAACGUAGUCAACACAGAUUCCCCAGAUACACUUCCCAUAAUAUACGAGAGGGGUCUCUUCGGGAUAUAUCAUGACUGGUGUGAAUCCUUCAGCACAUAUCCUAGAAGCUAUGAUCUUCUACAUGCCGAUCAUCUCUUUUCCAGAUUAAAAAAGAGGUGCGGGCUUGCACCCGUGAUGGCAGAAGUCGAUAGAAUAGCUAGGCCUGGAGGUAAAUUGAUUGUUCGUGACAAGUCCAGUGUUGUUAGGGAAGUAGAAAACUUGCUAAAAUCUUUACACUGGGAGAUUCACCUAACAUUUUCUAAAAACAAACAAGGCAUACUCAGCGCUCAGAAGUCUGAUUGGCGGCCAGAUAUAUAUGCAGCAGCUUCCUGAUGAAAUCUUAAAAGACUUUGUAAAGUAAAUUUGGAUACUCUUAUUUACUAAACAGGAAUU